ACGACAAAAUAUAGUGUAUGAGAGGUCCAUUUUAUCGUCGGCCCUCACUGCUGUAAGAGUAAUAGUUAUACUAAUAAGAUACUUUAGCCUUUUCACUUCCCCCAAAUCAAAUCUUCUAAAACCAUGGACUCCGAAACCCUAAUUUCUUCUUCUGCUACCCCAAAUCAAUUAGAUCAUCAUCAUCAUUAUCCUGAUUCAGAAACCUUAGUUCCUCCUCCACAAGCCCUAGCUACUCCAAAUACAGAUUCAAUUCCAAAUCCCGAAACAACAAAUUCAUCAGAGCAGCAGAAUCAAUUGGUAUCUCAAAACGGCGGUGGUAAUAGUAGGAGUAGUGGCGGUGGUGGUGAAGAAGAAACAAACAGUAGAAGAAAACGUCGGAGUAGAUGGGAUCCACCGACUGAAUCUGAAAACGCUGAUUCUAGAACUCGAAAGAGGAAAUCUCGUUGGGCAGAUGAUGAUGCAAAACCAGUAAUUCAGCUACCAGAUUUCAUGAAGGAAUUUACAGGUACUCUGGAUCUUGAUCCAGAAGUUCAAGCUCUUAAUAUACGAUUAUUAGACAUUAGUAGAAUUUUAUCAUCUGGAUUACCAUUAGAUGGCCGUCCUGAAGGUGCUCGUUCACCUUCACCUGAACCUAUUUAUGAUAACAUGGGUGUUAGAAUUAAUACUAGAGAAUAUCGUAAUAGGGAACGAUUGACGAAAGAAAGGUCUGAUAUUAUCAGUCAGCUUAUUAAACGAAACCCUGCGUUUAAGCCUCCGGCUGAUUAUCGUCCUCCAAAGCUUCAGAAGAAGUUGUAUAUACCUAUGAAGGAGUAUCCAGGGUACAAUUUUAUUGGUCUUAUAAUUGGUCCUAGGGGAAAUACACAGAAGAGAAUGGAAAAGGAGACUGGUGCGAAAAUUGUUAUUCGCGGCAAGGGUUCGAUUAAAGAAGGAAGGUUACAGCAAAAACGUGAUUUGAAACCCGAUCCUGCUGAGAAUGAAGAUUUACAUGUGUUGGUUGAAGCUGAGACUCAGGAUGCACUUGAGGCUGCUGCAGGGAUGGUGGAAAAGUUGUUGCAGCCAGUUGAUGAGCUACUUAAUGAGCAUAAGAGGCAGCAGUUGAGAGAACUUGCUGCUUUGAAUGGAACCAUAAGGGAUGAAGAGUAUUGUAGGUUGUGUGGUGAACCUGGUCAUCGUCAGUAUGCUUGUCCUGCUCGUACCUCAACUUUUAAGAGUGAUGUUCUUUGUAAAAUAUGUGGGGAUGGAGGUCAUCCUACCAUUGAUUGUCCCAUGAAGGGCACUACUGGAAAGAAAAUGGAUGAUGAAUACCAAAAUUUCCUGGCGGAAUUAGGUGGUAGUGGUCCUGAAUCAAUGACCAAGCCAAAUUCAGCAGUGGCUCUUCUCGGGGCUGGGUCUAAUAGUUCGGGUAGUGUUCCUCCUUGGGCAAGUGGUAACAACUCUGGAGGAGGAGGUAUUGGGUCUGCAACGCAAACAGGUUUGGUGACAAAUGGAGCCAAGACCGCGAAGGAUUAUGAUGAUACAAAUUUGUAUAUUGGGUAUUUGCCACCAAAUCUUGACGAUGAUUCUUUAAUUCGUUUGUUCCAACCCUUUGGCGAUAUUGUGAUGGCUAAGGUUAUAAAGGAUCGGGCGACAAAUGUAAGCAAAGGUUAUGGUUUUGUGAAGUAUUCUGAUGUUGCACAGGCGAAUCAAGCUAUAGCUAGUAUGAAUGGCUACCCUCUAGAGGGGAGACUGAUAGCUGUUAGGGUUGCAGGUAAACCUACUCCGCCUGCAGUGCCAUCUGGACCUCCAGCUCACAAGAUGCCUACUUACCCUGUUCAAGAUCAGGCUAUUGGAGGAUAUGCUUCUCAGCAAUUCACAUCUGGUGGACCUCUUCCGAAUCCACCUCAUAGUGGCUACAUGGCGGCACCAGUUCCUUGGGGGCCACCUCCUCCUUAUGCUCCCUAUGCCCCACCCCCUCCUGGUGCACAUAUGUACAAUCCUGUGCAAGGUCAGUCUAUGCCACCUUAUGGUGCACCAUAUCCUCCAACACACCAAACCACGCCUCCUGGUGCACCAUCUCAUAGUACACCUAGUGAAGGACAAUAUAGCUUCCCCCCUGGUGUUCAAUCCCAAAAUACUCAACCUGCACCUUCUAGUAUGUAUGGAGUGCCUCCAAAUCCCUCGUACCCCCCACCAAAUUACCCAUCUUAUUAUGCUGUACCUCCUCCUCCUGUAUCACAUUCAAUGGGUGACCACUCACAAAACAUGGCUGCUGUUCCUUGGGCCUCAUAUCCACCAGUGCCACCACCUGUUUCAUCUGAUGAGCAGACAUCUUCUGGUGUUGAGGCUGAGUAUGAGAAGUUCAUAGGGGAUCUGAAAUGAAGCAGUUCAGAUUUUGAGAUCGUAAGCAAUUCCAAUUCUACCUUUGCAUUUUUAAUGGACGUUAUUUUUUCAUGCAUUUAUUUGCUAAUCCUAAUGAUAGAUGACCAAGGGAGCAACUAGGGUUCGUAUAAAUUGUUUCUUGCUAAUGAUUAGUGCUUUAAUGUGUUGCUGGCAAUUGAAUUUUUUGGUUGGUUUUAGCAGAUACACUGUCAGCUACAAAUUAAAUCGCAGAGUCCUGUAUGAUGCUGUCUGGAGUUCAUUCUUUUCUGAAUAGCUUCUAGUUCUCGACCAUUUGCAUUACUGUUUCUUUUAUAUCACUGUUUUGACUCUUCUUGCUAUCAUACUUUUCUGGCAGGCGUGAGAUUAUUUGGAGCUGUUGUGAACCUGCUUUCUUACCUAUUGCUAUGACACAGCUUGUCUGAAGUUUCAGACUCACAUCAUUUACUUUGUUGUGCUAAUAUGAAAAAUGCAGAGUCUCGUUGGGCAAAGUUUUACCACUGCUUCCUCCUAAAGGCUGUACGAUGCUAACAGUUUCUUUGUUUUAUUCCUUAAAGACUGUGGGACUAAUGCUGGUGAUUUGAUGUUUUUUGAGAUAGGUUUUUACUUAAUUUUCUUGGUUAGUAUUUAUCUUUGAUCUUAUUGGCUUAAUGAUAGCUCUGCUUUUGUUUUAGCUGUAAAUCAGCUGUUAGUGUGGGGUACGUGCACAAACUAUUUUUCGUAUAACUAUUGAUGCUAGUCCGUAUUUCCUUUUUAAUUACGUUGGUGUCUGAUGAGGUUCUGAAGUUAUUUGUGGCAGGGCGAUGGAUGUGCUUCUGUAGUGCUAGUAAUUUUGACCCUAUGAAUCUACUUGCAAAAUAUGGAUGACCAGUUAGAAUGUCAUUUUUACACUUUAAAAGUAAUGAAGGCAGCUACUCAGAAUUUCAACCCAGCAAACGUGAUCAGAAAAAGUUGGGAUUGUUAUAGAGAUGUAACUUGUAAGGUACAGAUGGAAUGUCACAGUAUUUGAAGAAAUAAGUUUUUAUUUGGCACUGUGACGUCAAAAUAACAUUAGAUUGUUGGGGCAUUAUUCAGAUAAACUUAUAAGGUAUACAGGGUGUUCUUUCUGCUGAUUAACUUAUAAGGUAUACAAGGUGUUCUUCCUAAUGGGAUACAAUCGAAGUGAGACAACUUUCUAUAGAAGAAGAUAAGUUUUUAUUUGGCACCGUGACAUCAAAAUAUCAUUAGAUUGUUGGGGCAUUAUUCAGAUAAACACAAUCUUUUACAAGUAUGGGCAUAUGGAGAACGGUGACUUCCAGAUGGCUUUCUUCGGUAACUAGUGCAACCAUUCAAUUUUUUAUUUUUAUUUCGAAGCAACAUCCAAUUUAUCAGUUUGGCUGUGAUGUAUGGAUGGGCUAAUUCCCAAAUUGUUUAUAGUUUUUGCUCAUAAAUGAUGGAAACUUUGUGAUGUACAUGCGCAUGAUGUGAAGUUAAAGAAGAGCCUCAAUUGGAAAGUAGAGUUAAGAUUCGUCUUGGAA